AUGUGCGGGGUACGGGGGGGGCCCUCCUCACUAGGCUUCCGAGGGCCCAAGAACAGGGGCCGGUACUGCGUGGGCGAGCGGAAGCGGAACGUGGGCUGCGACUAUCAGAUCGACUCCCGCGCCGUGGAGGACCGCUGUGGCGUGUGCGGGGGCAACGGCUCCACCUGCCACACCCUGAGCUGGGUGUUCCAGGAAAAUGGGCCCAACGGGGGUAGCUGGGUCGGGGGAGAGGAGGCUGCGAGCUCACGGGCUCCACCCGCCUCCCAGAUGCUGUUCUAUGAGAACAACCCCGGGCUGUACUAUGAGUACACCAUCCACCAGGAAGCGAGCCCUCCAGGCAUGGCGUCGGAGUUCUCCUGGGCCUACGGGGCCUGGACCGAGUGCCCGGUCACCUGCGGCAGAGGCAUACAGAAGCAGACCGUGCACUGCACGGAACGGCUGCACGGAACAGUGGACAGCAGAUACUGUGAAUUCCUGGGCCCGCCCGAGGACCGCCAGAGGAUAUGCAGCCGGGAGCCCUGCCCCGCCAUGUGA